AAGCCUCUCCGAGGCCUGACGCCACGCCCACUGUGUCUGUCUUGUGCUCCUCCCGUGACAAUAUAUAUAUAUAUACUUGAUAACAAAGUGAUGUAGUCAAGAGCAAUGAAAGAUUUUCUCUUACUGCUGUUUGAUCUGAACGACAGAGAGGAGCAAUACUAGGUAACUUCCCCUUUAAGACCGGAACCAAUAUACUGUUAACGCAUGCUUUUUUUUCUCAGCAAUUGUUCACAUUCACUUAAGUAAAAUAUUGUGUUUAUGAAGAUACUUUCAAAGACAGGCAUUAUGACUCAUGUAAAGUUAAGUGUGUAUUUAAUGCCAAUAAAGCUGCAAAAUUGCUCAGGAGCUCAAGUGGCAGAGGAUAUGCGGCUUUAAAUACAGAAAUCGAGAUAGCGCGCACAUAUAUCAGUUGUUUUCAAACUGCAAUGCUUAAAAACUGGUAAAAAAAAAAAGAAAAAAAAAAGUUACGUUUUUGAUACCACCUGGACAGACGUGAGCUCGUUAACCGCGAUGGAGAAUAUAGUACAAAAUCUCUAUCUUUACUGGUUCACAUAUUUUUACCCGUUUAAUCAUAUCUACCACUAUAUCGUCCACCCCUGUCAGACUCAAUUAAUUGACUUUUUAUAUUACAGAAUUGUACAUACCUUCAACCUGACGUCAGCUGUUGAAAUUCAAAAUGAAGGGGAAAAAAGUCCGCCAGAUCCGGCUACUGCACAUGCACGUGACAUGUCUCGGCUAUCGGGCGGGGCAAAUACAGACCUCUGAUUGAGUGUUUCGCUCCCGUAAAGGGAGAGAACGUUACAAAUAACACUUAAGGAGCUUGAAGAACAGCUACCCAAGCCAGACACUCUUAAGAGAAAGAGUAAACCUUCAAUGAAACUCCUAGAGGCCGCAGAUGUGAGAGAGGAACCAGCAGCUAAGAAAAAGGGACAGCUCACAGACCUACCAAAUGAUCUGAAGUUGUGGAAUGAAAGAAAAAUUGAACAUCUACAGAGUGUGAUAAAUCAGCUGAGAGAAGAGAACAUGAAUUUAAAUAAAGAAAAUGAGAGGCUGAAAAAUGAAAUACUUAAAAAAAUCCCACCUCUCCUUCUGGCUACAGAGCACUUACUACAGGAGCCCAUGAAAUCAAAUGCAGAUGCCCCUGACAUGUUCAUGAUGUCAAAGACUCCAUCUCAUGUUCCCCUCUCACAUACUCCUAAACCUGUGGAAUCAAAUGCAGAUGUCCUUGAUGUGCCGAAGGCUGCAUCCAAUGCUUCUCUGUCUGCUAAAUGUUCCAGUGAUGCUAAUUAUGUGGAGUUAGCACAUGGCACGGGCAUAAAAAUCCUCAAGCAUCAAUGGACUUCUGCCCUGCAGGCCCAAACAGCCACUUCAAUGGUGCGUGUUCUUUUAAUGGCCGCCUUCCCACUAGAAGUUCUGAUCCACAGCAAUUUGAAAGGGGGAAAGAGUAAAACUGAUGGUAGUGCAGAGAGAAGACAUGCCCUUGACAAGGAAACCAUGGGAGCCAUAUUUGUGGCAGUCAAGAAGAGGUUUCCCAAUGUGUCCAGAGGAGCUUUGGGUAUUGCAGUGAAUUCCAAGCUGGGGGAACUGAGACUGCUUGAAAAAAAAAAGGAGCUAAUUUUGUUAUUGUUUUUUUGCUGCUGUUUUUUAAUUUAUAGCAUGUUCCUUACUUGAUUUUUAUUCAGGGGUGUUAUAUGCUCACAUUUUAGACAAAAAAUAAAGAUUUUAAUCAAAUGUUACAUUGUGAAUGUAUUUUCUUGGAUUGAAAUA